UCGAACAGCAAACAACAAAAAAAGUAAAUGCCUUACGGUCGCGACAAAACUAUGCGUUUAAUCUUAAACGUCUGCUCAUAAAGCCGAAAGGAUGUGCAAAAGAUGUAGUGAAAAAAGUGUAAAGUAAAACACAACAACAAUAGCAGCGACUAAACGUUGUGUGCACUGUGCUGAGCGCUGAGCAAAAAGCUAACAAAUUAGUUGAAUUAAAGUAAUAACAAAAGCCACAAAAGAAAGCAGCAAAAUGUCGACAGUUAUGGAACAGGCGGCCAGCGAAGCGCACACAGCGGGCGCUCUGACAGCAGCAACCACAAAAGCAACAGCAGCUGCAGCUGCAACAGCCAGCAGCCUUACAGAAAUUGAGCAACUGCAGCAGGCGCUGCUUGAGCGACAAACACAACUGUACGCCUUGGAGUCUGCUUGUCUACGCGAAACGGAGCGUCAAGUUGAGCUCGAGGAUAGCGUCAUUGCGUGGCAGGAUAAAUACGAUCGUUUAUACGAGUCGCACAAGCGCGUGCAAAAAGUUAAUCAAAGUUUGGAGGAUAAAAUGCUGAAGCUUGUGGAUCGCAAUACGAACGAGCGUGCGCAGCUAACGAGCGAUGUGGCAACGCUGAGCGUAAGACUGGCGCAGGCCAAUUUCAAUAUUGCCAAACUACAGCGGGAAAUCGAACGUUACAAGGCUGACAUAAGUCUGGCCAUACAAUUGCUGCAAUGCAAACCGGACAGCUUCGUGCCACAAAAGGUGUCCUCGCUACCCAUUGAGAUCCAAUCAAAAGUUUCCUCAUAUAUGCGUCUGGAGACCAAUUCGCAUUCGGACUCGGAAUGCAGUAAUAGCGGCGUGGGCGUGGCCACAACAGCUUCCUAUAAAGUGCUUCCGGUCUCGGACUCGCCACCGCCAGCGGCCUGCCCCUUUCCACCCACUGCCAUGGUUUACUCCAUGCGUGGCCUCGAUGCUAGCAAUGGCAACAACAACAACACACAACCAGCAACAGCAGCUCACAACAACAACAGCAAAGAUCUGGUUAACAACAAUAACAACAACAUUGCCAAGGCCAACAACAAAUGCAACAACAAUCAAACGCAAUCGAAGCUAGCAACAGAUUCGGAUAUGAUUUCGCCUACAGUAAUGGCCAAAUUUCUGGAGGAUGAGCUCAAGGCGAAUGAGGUCAAGCAUUGCGACACGUGCCAGUGCAGCAAACAGGAUCUAACCGUGCUGGCGGAUGUUUCACGUUCCUACACGGUGUCCACACAGACGCCGCAUACGUUGGGCGCCAAUGCGGCGCUGAAUGAAUCGCUGAGCACGCAGCUUUGCCUGCGCUGCCACAGCAAUCUCAACUCGCCAUCGCGCACCAAUAGUCCGUAUCUGAUGAAGCUGGUCAAGUCGAGUGAUUCGGUUAUAUCAGAAACAAAGAGCUCAGUGUCCGAUUUGAAUGACAUGGACAAGCUGUUUACGCCAGCCAAAAAGGAUGAUUUGAUGGUGAAUCCCAUACUAGGACAUCAUCGUCUAUGCGAGCGCACAGCGGGGCAGGAUUAUGCGGGCAAGCUUACAGCUUCUACGCUUAUGUAUCCCACAACGCAUUUGGGCGCCUAUGCAGCGGAGAAAUAUUUGCUGGAGACCAGUCGCCAAGGCUAUCAGCGUCGCUUCUUGGACGGCGGCGGCACAGCGCUGCAAUUGCUCAACAAAUAUGAAGCAGCGCCCACAACGGCAGCGUCAGCUGCACAGUCUGGAGAAGAGCUGGAGGAGGAUGUUAGCAAACCUUUGCUAGCGGGCAUAUCACAAGCAAAUUUGCUAGAAGUAGAGCCAGCAGCUACAGUAACUACCAAGCUAGAGGAUGUUAUAGAGCCAGCGCCACCAAGCCAAGUGAAGCUUAGUCAAACGCCCAGCACCAGCGCUGCGGCUGCUCAGCUCAAGUCAACAAAUUCAGGCAGCGUGCAGAGUCUUUGGAGCAACAAGACGAGCAGCUGCGAAGGUGCUAAAAUGUUUGAGACAUUCAAUCGAAAUCUCAUUAAGACUAUUAAGGCUGAGAAUCCAAAAUAUCGUGGACCUCGUCUCUGCGCCAUGCGCAUACAACAGAAUGGCCAAAGCAAUGUGCUGCUGGACAAUCUGGAGUCUGUGGAGACGCAUGUGCCUGUUAUCUACAAGCGACGCGAGCGACUGCUGGAUGAAGAGCUAAGCGAUGGCAAGGAUAUUAUAACCUCGAAGGAAAGCAAUGCAGCAGCUGCUGUGGAUGCUUGGCAAGCCAGCGCAGCGCCUAAUGAAGCACUGCAGCCAGUGCUAGAGCCGCAGGUAGAGCAAAAAGAGACUGAAAAUCAAGCACAAGUGGAAGAGCUCAAUGAAGCCGCUGGAGCGGGAGCAGCAGCUGCUGCUGCUGCUGCUGCUGCUAGUUCGCCCAAGCAUUCGGUUAACUCCAGUUCUAUAAGUGAUGCCAUAGACUAUCAGGAGAGCGUGCUGCUGCGCAGACAGCAGCUGAAUCGCGUAGCCGAGUGGGUGCAGCAUAAUACGCAGCAGCUGGAGCAGCGUGCCUUGACUAGCGAUUCGAAUUCAGGCACAGAGCGACAGUCAAGCUACUCAACGCUCGAUCGCAUGGAUUCCAUAUCGAUAGAGAAGCUAAGCAUGGACUCGGGCUAUAAGACUACGCCACAGCAGCUGCCCAAUGGCUAUGCAGGCGAUGCAGGCAAAUCUACAGAGGAUUCGCUUUCACCUAAGACAGACAACACAAGCAACAGCAGUCCGGAGCAGCCGCCGGCCACAGAGCUCUGCACCACUUACUAUAGACGCACUACACGCUCGGGACUGCCAGUAGCCUACACCACCACCACAACAACAACUGCUGCCACUUCAACUGCUGCUGCUGCUGCUGCUGCUACUGCUGCUGACUCCACCAGCUCGGGCUCGCCUGCGCUGCUGUGCCCCGAACAGCCCACGUGUGAUAUACUCAACUACAAAUACUAUCCCAAUGAUACGGACAAGACGCGCUCGGUGCAAGCGGAGCUGCAUACAACUACACAGCAUGUGGACAUUGCCCAAAUGGAAUACAAUGUCAAGCAGUUUCUGCUCAAACAGAACGAAUGGUCUAUGCGUGGCGAAGCUGCAGCUGCAGCUGCUGGGCCGGCGGCGUCGUCAAGACUGCUGCGUCAUACGCGUCUACAUGGACCCGGCGUUGGCGAGCGUGUGCGCAUGGCAACGCCUGGCGGCGCUGUGGCUGCCACGCCCAGCGCCAAUGCCUUGCAGCAACAUCACAGAACUGAAACGAAUUUAUAAGCUGGCUUUGCUCCUAGAAAACUGAAACGUAUGCUAGUCGCUGCUCCAAAUGCUUCUAAGAACUAUUUAUAUAUAUAAAGAAAUAUAACGCAUAAGUGUACAAUGUGUAUUAUCCAUAGCCUAUAACUAGCCUAAUAUUCUAAAAUCAGCUAAGCAUAAGCAUUGGUGCGGCGUUGGUUCUAACUUUUCAUUUUCGCAGUCUUCCUGCUCAAUUUUCUUUAAAUCUUUGCGUCUUCCUUCUCUUGCUCACCAGCGCCUUGAAGCCCCCCCAGCCAGCUUAAGCUCUAUGCAAUUUUUGCAUUACCUUUUGGUCUAUGCAUAUUAAAAUCUCCCAUUAAUUAUAUAUACACACGUACAUACGCAUAUAUCUGCCUAGGCUAUAUUAAUAUACAAAGCAAAUGCUUACAAUUUAUAUACAUUGUAUUUGAUAAGUGCGGUAUAUAUUUUCUAGAUUCCAAUUGUGCAAUAUUAGUUAUUGAUUAGCAUGAAAAAACUGAAAACAAAUUUUUAUUUUUAUAAAAUGCGACCAAAAAAGCAAAACCAAAGAAUAUAAGUAACUAAUUUCUGCAUAACAUUUAGUUGGAAAAGAACCUGCCUAUAGCAAAAGUCAAACGAUAUAGCUUCUAUAACUAAACUAUAUACAAGUACUGUACCUUCUUAGUAACAAUUUGCAGCAACUGUACUCAAAUCCUGCCCAUUAGAUGACCUUCAUCACAUACACACACAUACAUACAAUACAUAUACAUAUACAUAUAUAUAUAGAGAGCAAUAAUGUAUAAUCCGCUAAAGCAACAAGUAAGUGAAAUACUCUUUGCUAUAUAUAAAACGUAUCUGAACAGACAUAUGAGAUGUAUUAACCCACGUAAUAUACAUAUAUAUUUACACUAACAUAUAUCAUGCAAAAUCAUCAUAAACGGCUUCAAAUUAAUCCCCCUAUAAACUCUCUCCGUCUCUCUCUAUAUACAACAGUUUCUAUUUCAAUUCUGCCCACAUAUAAAUCAAAAUUCUAUUUACUCGUCUAUUUACACACACACUAAUACACACACUCACAUACUUAUACACUUACUAUAAAAUGCUUUAAUCUUGUUAUGUUUGGCCUAAUAUAAACAAUUUAAUUAGUUAACAAAUUUCCACACAAAGACAUAUAUACUCGUCAUAUUUAUAUUCAAAUCUAUGUAUAUGAUUAUGUGUCUAUUAAUGCACCUAUCAUAAUAAUACUAAAAUCAAAUCAAAGACUUGAUAAUUAUACAUAUAUACAUGUAUUAUCUACGAAAGACACAAUCAAAAGCAACAAGCAUUAUAUAUCAUUGUAGUCCCCCCCCAAACCCCGAACCAAUUUGCUCUGCUGCCCUAAGAACCAAGCGCUGCUCAAAACACAUUUGACAACACUGCCCCCAAAUCCUUGUCUCCCUCUCCCUAACACACACUUAAACAUAAGUAGCAUAUUUUUUCCAAGGCAGCUUGAACAUGAAAUGCAAUUUCAAAUUAAUAUAAUAAAUGCCAACUUGGCAUAAAUGUAAUUUUAGUUUAUUAAAAUUUUUUCAAGCAGCUGCAUUAGUUAGCUUUUAAGCAUUUUCCAUAGUCUUCAUUUUGAGUAAGCCUUCUUAUAAGUGUAAAUUGUUUGCGUCUAGGUUGAAAUGUAACAAUUUUGAGCUAUCGAACCACCUUAAUGUAUAACAAAAAUAAACAAUUGAC